CACAGCUAUUUCGCCCAUCAUCUGCUUUGAAAAGUGACUUCCGUUUCGAUUGUCCACCCGCCAAGUGGUUCUAGAUGUUCUGUAAGGCGGUUAAAGUUGUAUUCCGACCCGAUGUUUUUGGACCCUUGUUGCGUCAAUUCGUACGUAAAUACAACUUUCACACAAAAUUACCAUACCGCAAUUUACCUGUCAUGGGAGUCACGGUAUCUUCUAGCAGAGAGAAGAAGGUUUUUUUAAGUAGAAAAAGUGUCCCUCAGCCAUCAUUUGCCAGUUUUUCCACAACAGGGACACUGACCACAGAUACAGGAGAAGGAACAUCUGUAGAAAGCUCCACCAUGAUUGAAGUUAAUGUAGGCCAAUAUGAUGACUGUCUGCAAGAUGGAACUAUGAGAACAAUUGACAUUGGAGAAGGUAAAGCACUGCUGGUACGUGAGAAUGGGGAAUAUUCUGCAGUUGGCCACAAGUGUACUCACUAUGGGGCUCCUUUAUCCACUGGUCAUCUCUCUAAUGGACGAGUACGCUGUCCCUGGCAUGGAGCCUGCUUUAAUGUCAAGACUGGUGAUAUUGAAGACUUUCCUGGGCUGGACAGUUUACCCAAAUUUGAGGUGGUCAUUAAGAAUGAUAAUGUUAUUAUUAGGGCACAUCCAGAGCAAUUUACAUCUCAUAAAAGAGUCAAGACAAUGGUUAAAGAAGACACAAGUUGUGACAAACGAGUAUUUGUUAUCAUUGGGGGAGGUGGAGCAGCCAUGAAAGCUGCUGAGACAUUGAGAGAAGAGGGAUUCAGAGGGCGUGUUAUCAUGAUUACAAAAGAGGCUCACUUGCCCUAUGAUAGACCAAUUUUAAGUAAGAAAUUAGCUGCCACGGCUGAUUCUUUAAAGUUACGUUCAAUGGAAUUUCUCAAGGAUCAUGACAUUGAGCUCAUGACAAAAACUGAGGCCACUGCAUUGGACAAUAACCAAAAAACUGUCACUUUGAGUAAUGGCACAGUUCUUAACUAUGAUAGUGUAUUGAUUGCUACAGGAGGAAAACCGAGAAGUUUAAGUAUACCUGGAAGUGAUCUGGAGAACAUCUUCUUACUGAGGAGUCCUGAGGAUGCUAACCAGAUUGCCUCCUUCGUCCCUGGAAAGAACGUGGUCAUCAUUGGGACUUCGUUUAUAGGUAUGGAACUGGCGUCGAACUUUGCAGACAAAGCUGCGUCUGUGACAUGUGUUGGAAGAAGCAGUAUUCCUUUUGCGAACGUGCUGGGCGAGAAGAUUGGCGCCAUGCUGAAAAAGACUCACGAAAGCAAAGGAGUAAAAUUCAUCACUGAUGCUGCUGCGAGUAGUUUCAAAGGCGACAGAGGAAAAUUAACAGCUGUGUGUUUUAACAAUGGAACAGAAGUUCCUGCUGAUAUCUGUAUCCAGGGAGUAGGUGUAUCACCAUCCACAGACUUCUUAAAAAAGAGUAGCGUACCUCAGACCAGCCGCGGAGAUGUAAUUGUUGAUAAGUACAUGAAGGCUUGUGAAGGAGUUUUUGCCGCUGGAGAUAUCGCUCACUUCCCUCUGAAGAUGUUAGAUUGGGAAAAGGUUACUAUUGGUCAUUGGCAGAUUUCGCACAAGCAUGGACUGACUGCUGCGCGUAAUAUGCUUGGAGGAAACGAAGAGAUCGACACAAUACCAUUCUUCUGGACUUCUCAGUAUGGUAAAAGCAUCAGAUACUGUGGUCACGCCCAUUCAUUUGAUGACGUGCUUAUUGACGGUAGCGUUGAUGAACAAAAAUUCACCGCCUACUUUGCCAAAGGGGAUAAAAUUCUUGCUGUAGCAACCAUGGGACCUGGGAAUGCCGCCGCAAAGGCAGCCGACGAAAUGUUUGAGGGGAAAAUGCGUUCUGCAUCAGAGAUCAGGGCUGGUCUUUAAAGACACGAAGACGUCCGCGCAAUGUCAGAGACAAAAGUUGAAGUUGACUAGCAAAUAUCACUCGACGAUUUUAAAAACAAUAACUUUUAGCUACAUAAAAAAAAUAAGGCACUCCUCUUAGUGAUUUGGUUUUUUUAAAUUACUUGUAAAAUCAUGCGACCUUCUAUGUACAUACUACUACGGACAGGUGAUAGCUGUAAUCGUAUUUUCUAUUUGGGAUUAUAAAAUGUUAAGAGAAAUGCGCGCGCUGUGAUUGGUCAGAACGAGUUCAUUAUAUUUCCAUAAUGAACGCAGCCUACGUCAUCGGUACGAGCGCGCGCAAUUCACGA